AUGCAUCUCCCUAGGCACACCAUUGAAUCGCACGCUUCUGUUCCACUGUUCCGACAUGCAAGCUUCUGCUCGCCCGAUCCGACCAAUCUUCGCAGCUCGUCCACGUCGGGCCCGGCACCGACAGGCGCAGCUGCAAGCGCCAGCAUCAACGAGCUCACUCAGCCUGCCAUCUUCAGUUGCGCCAGCCAGAAUGGCUUCAUGGUCUCACAGACAGAUCCUCUCAAGCUUGUUGUCAAUCGAUCUUGGUCCGCGUCGCAGGGUGGCCUGUCUCAUGCGGUUCCUGUCCAGCACACUUCCCUCCUCUUGCUCGUGGGUGGCGGUCGGGUUCCCCGCUUUUCGCCGAACAAGGUCAUCCUUUGGGACGAGGCGGCCGAAUACACAGCCAAACCAUCGGCAAGCACAUCCCGCGAUGCUGAUUCAGACGAUGACCAGGAUGAUGUUGGCUCCGUAUCGUCCCGUCGCGCUUCCACCAUCUUUUCUGCAGGUUCCGAAUUCGAUGCGUACGCUAAGCCCGCUUCUGACGACUCCGAGAAUGUUGAAGGCGCAGUUCGAACCCAUGGCCUUCCCGCUUCUUCUGUUGGGCAUGUGUCGACCUCAUCGCUGAUCGAUGACGCCGAUUUCCACCAUACCUCCAUGCCCAUCGCCGAUCCUGACAUCACCAAACGUGGUCAUACAUCUCCUAACAGCCUGGAUCGAAGUUUUGGCGAGAGCUCUCCAGGGACUGGCUGCUUUCAAGCUUCCUCCGAUCCGAAUGCAUCCAAGGAUUCCGCAUCGUCGUCCACGAUGGCUGAGGACUCGAUAGCAAGAUUGUCCUCUUCUUUUCAAUCCAACUCCAUCUUGUCGAGCUCUGCGAACUUGGCCGACCCUUUCUCCGAGGAAGAUCUGCAUUCAGCGGGCUCGGCACAGCCAGCUUCGCGCCGCUCCUCCUCAGCAGUGUCAUCGCAUCCCAUCAACUCCGGCUCCAUCUCGUCAUCGAACCCCCUGCCUCUCAGAGCCACUGGGCCCGCAAUCACCCCCGCAGGCGUGUUCUUCAACGAGUCGAGUCGUCAAACCGGUGUUGGACUUGUCGACUCCGUCUCGAGCAUGGCUACCACUGCCACCGACGCCACUGCUAAAGCAAAGCCCACGAUCAUGCAUGGGCGCGAAAUUGCCGAGCUAGAGUUCAGUCAAGUCGUCCGCGGGAUCUAUGCGACAUCGGUGCACUUCGGAACCGACAUCCACAAGACGCAAGCGUGGAAAGGUAAAGGUCGCGCUGCAAUCGGAAGCGCGAGCUCGAGCAAACCAAGCUCUUUACCAUUCUCCGUCGUUUUGCUGGUCAUUUUGGAUUCUAAGGCCGUCGUUUUCGAGCUCUCACCCCCAGCCAAGACUCCUGGCUUGGACGGCACUGCUGCAAGGUCAAACUGGACGAUACAGAAGAGGACGGCAGUACAGACCUACAAGAAUCCCAGAGGACUCGGGUCAAUUGCACCCCACUAUGGAAGUCCCUCGGCGACCUCUCCCAAACACGCAAGCGUGGUGGUCGCCGUUCCAGGCCGGCAGAAAGGUCACGUCCAGCUUCUACACAUCCGGCCGCAGAGCCUUGUCAAUCCUGUCAACCUCCCUUUGUUGUCGAAUACGGCUUCGUCGCAUGGUGCCGCUUCCAUCAUCGUUGCCCACGAAUCAUCAUUAGCAGCCAUCACGCUCAGUCCUGACGCACGUUUUCUCGCGACUGCAUCGUCCAAAGGCACGUUGAUUCGCAUAUGGGCCAAUAGCCUCGGAGCAGAUGCCGAAUCCUCUGCUCGCCACGACCGAACCUCUGCAUCAGCAUCCCCGUCGAGCACUCCUGGAAGAACGGGAUUCGGUGCGAAAUUGACGCGCCAACUUCGUCGCGGAACAGAUCCUGCAACCAUUUUGAGCAUUGCUUUCAGCCCAGACGCCUCGCUCGUUGCCGCUGCGAGUGAUAAAGGCACUGUCCACGUCUACUUGCUCGACGACAGGGCGCUGACCGCUCAUAGCAAUACAGUCGAUUCUGAAAAGCGCUCAUCGACCUCGUCUUCUCGAACCGCCACUUUCGGACGUGCUGCGGCGCAGUACCUGCCAUCAGGCAUAGGAAAUCUUGCUGGUCAGAUCCCGUCUUCGGUUCUGCCGCAGUAUUUGAAAUCCGAAUGGAGUAGCGCUCAAUUCCGAAUUCCGCUCAAAAGCUUCGGCGCAUCCUCUCGUCACUACAACGACGCGCCAUCUAUGACGGACGGUGGCGGCGGUCAAGCUGCUUCAUUAUCAAAACGUACGGGUACCGACAAGUCGACAGAAGGCGCUUGGGCACAAAUGCGCAGCCGCAUCGGUGAUAUUCGCAAAGGGGAGCCAAGUGUCGAGGAGAGCAUCUUUUUGUGUUGGGUUAUUGAAGCGAGCACAUCAACCGACCGAUCUACGAAUCCGCCCAAGAGGUUCGCGACGGGCGAUCUUCCAGCACGUUCAAGCAAACCGCGCAGUCGCGCUGAGUCCGAUCGGUCGGGCCACAUUGUCGAUGCGACCUCGACCGUGGCAGAACAGCUUCGUCUCAUUGCACUGACGACAUCAGGUGGCUGGUACAAGCUUGCCGUGCUCUUGCCGAACAUGCAGCCCGAGACGGAUGCUUCAGGAUCGACGGUCCUCGACAUGUACCGACGUGAUGCCAGCUCGCACUCGAAACAGACGAAUGCGUUAGAGUGCCAUCUGGUGGAAUACCGACCUAUCGCUGCACUUCUAGACGGCUGGACGGCAUAG